CUCCCAACUCACCUUCUCCUAUCAACCCAACCUCAACAAUAAAUCCGACACUCGGAAACAUCACAUUUCCCAAAUACGUACAACGACAAAACCUCCUCGAUCCGGCUUCUCCUGCGCAAUUAUAUUAUAUUCUUCAGACUUGGAUAUUAUAUACCUCAAUAUACUACAAUUCGAUAUGGUCAGGCCUUCCGUACGAGCGGGCAUGAGGCAUGCGCAUCGCCGUCAUCGAGCGCGAGUCUAUACAUCACGACGCGGGCUACGAUGUUUCGCAGCAGCAGCAGGCGGAGGUGCUCACCUUAUACGACAUCCUGCCGAACUGGCGGAAUACCAUCGCCGUCCCGGGCUGCCCACCCAUCUGGUCACCUCCGCCUUUACCCACGCGGAUCCCAGCAGACAAGGACCAUGACCCCAGGCACCCACGGCCGCCCGCGGCCGCAGAGGAGGAGGAGGCCGCCGUGGAGGAGGAGGAGCUGGACCUCCCGAGGAGGUGCUCGCGGCACCCACGGGCGCAGGCAGAGCAGCUGUGGUUCUCGCGCACGUCGAUCCUGAUAAUUGGGUGCUACGAGGACGGUGGAUAUAUCGUCGAGGUCGAGCAGCGGGAUGUGGAGAAGACCGGGUGGCUCAAGAAGUGGGAGCUCACCAAUACCGAGAAGCUCCAGAAGCUGGUGAAAGUGCUCGAGAUGAUGCGGACGGUUAUGGUGGUGAGGGGAGGCAGGUUUGCGUUCGUGACACAAAAGGGCCAGAGUACCCUUAGUGUCUACGAGAUGCAAAAGAGUUCUCAGUUUGGGUUGCCCGAGGAUAUUAAAGCGGGCUGGAAGUAG